AUGGAGCCGAACAAAGAGCUGCCCAAGCCCGUGGAUCUGUCCCACCAUCUUUCGCGCAAUGCCAAGAACAGGGAACCCUCGUCUAUGAAGUCUUUCUACAAGUACUUCAUGAUUCCGGGCAUAGGCCAGCUUGCGGGCGGUCUUCCCAACGAGAGAUAUUUCCCCUACGACGACUUCGAGGCCCGUGUGGCCCUGCCGGACCGCUUCAAGCCCACUCCUAACAGCCCUGUCGACCCUCCCACUGCUGAAGUGUCCAAUCUCUCUCUCUGUGACUCACCUCAAUCCGCUCGCAUCCUUGUUCCGCACUCUUCGCCCACCACCGAUCCUCUGCGCAAAAUCGACUUGGAUUCGGCUCUGCAGUACGGCACUGCCCAGGGCUACCCUCCUCUCUACCAAUUCGUCCGCCAGUUCACCACUCAAAACCUGCACCCCAAUGUCCCCUACCGCGGCGGCCCCGAGGUUAUCCUGACCUGCGGCUCUACCGACGGUUUCUCCAAGGUCGUCCAAGCUUUGACCAACGAAUGGAGCGAGGAUCGGGAUCCCAUAGACGACAGGGAGGCCGUGCUGGUUGAAGAAUACUGUUACACAAACGCCAUUCAGGCUGUGCGCCCUCGUGGCGUCAACGUUGUGCCUGUCAAAAUUGAUGACGAGGGCAUGCUGGCCAAAGGCCCAGGCGGGCUUGAAGAUGUUCUCGACAGUUGGGAUGUGUCGCGAGGCCGACGCCCGCACUUGAUCUACACCGUAACAAUCGGUCAAAACCCAACCUCCGGCGUGCUCAGCUUGCAGCGCCGCAAGGAGAUCUAUGAGCUCUGCGUCAAGUACGACAUCAUCAUCGUCGAAGACGAUCCCUACUGGUACCUCCAAUACCCGUCGGCCAACCCCGCCCCGCCCUCGAAGCCAGAGGGCAAGUCCUCGGGCUUCGACUUCCUCGACUCCCUCGUGCCGUCCUACCUGUCCAUCGACUAUGAGGGCCGCGUCAUCCGCGUCGACACCUUCAGCAAGACGGUCGCCCCGGGCUGCCGCCUGGGCUGGCUCACCGCCCAACCCGCCAUCGUCGAGCGCAUCCUGCGCCUGACCGAGACGUCGACGCAGCAGCCCUCGGGCUUCGUGCAGUCCAUGAUCGCCGAGCUGAUCAUGGGCCCGCAGAGCAAGCAGGACGGCGGCGGCGCCGACGGCCGCGGCGGCUGGGACGUCAGCGGCUGGGUGCGCUGGCUCGAAGGGCUCCGCGGCAACUACGAGCGCCGCAUGAACGCCAUGUGCGACGUCCUGGACGCGGGCAAGCACCUCCUCAAGACGGGCCGCCGCCACUCGCUCAGCACGCUCGUGCACCCCUCCUCGUCCAACGGCACGGCCGAAGACCUCGACGAAGACGAAUGGGCCGUCGUCGAGUCGACGCAAAUCUACUCGUUCGUCCGCCCGCUCGGCGGCAUGUUCGUCUGGCUCCGCUUCGACUUCCGCUCGCACCCGCUCAGCAGCAGCCGCAAAACUUCCUCCUCCUCCUCUUCCUCCUCCUCCUCAUCCACCUCCAGUCCAACCACCAUCCCCCCCGCCCGCCUCUCCCGCGCCCUCUGGGUCUUCCUCACCACCGCCCCCCACCGCGUCCUCGUCUCCCCCGGCGCCAUCUUCGCCCCCACCCCGGACAUCGCCGCCCGCGACGCCCACAACUGCUUCCGCAUGUGCUUCGCCGCCUGCCCCGACGCCGACGUCGUGCCCAUCACCCGCCGCUUCGUGCGCGGCGCGCGGCUCUUCUGGCGGAUCCGCGACCCCGCGCGGAUCGAUGAGAUUUUGGAGGAUGAGGAUUCGGGUGUUGAAAGGGAAGGGUUGGAGAUGGGGGGGUUGGCUGGGUUUGGGUUUUGUUGA